AUGGGUACCUAUGGGAUAACAUCAGCUGCGAACACGUUUGUGGACAUGAAGCGGACAUUUACGUCACUAGAGUUUGGUCUCAUGGUUGGUAUUGGAGGCGGCGUGCCAAGCAAGACUGACGUUCGACUCGGAGAUGUUGUUGUCUGUAGGCCAAGUGCCGGCGAGAGCGGCGUGAUACAAUACGACUUUGGGAAGAUGCUUAGUACUGGAGCCUUUCAGCGUACGGGAUACUUAAAUGAACCGCCGCGCCUGCUCCUGAAUGCCUUGAAUCAUAUAGAGAGUGAGUAUAAGAUCGGAAAUGGGUCCAUAGGACAGAUCAUUGCCGAUGUCCUUGACAGAAAUGAAUUUAUGAGAAAAGAGUUCUCUCGGCCCGAAGACGACUGGCUUUUCGACGCAGCAUAUGACCAUCAAGGUUGUGGUGAAAGUUGCCAUGCUUGCGACAUGGCGCAAUUAGUCCACCGAAAGCCCAGGGGAAGCGAUAAUCCUUCGAUUCAUUACGGGUUGAUCGCCUCUGGGAACAGCCUUCUGAGAGAUGCCGUCUCACGGGAUCGCAUGCUGGAAAGAACAAUAUCCUGUGCUUCGAAAUGGAGGCUGCAGGCUUGA